AAUUAAAUGCUUAAAUUUUUAUAUAUAUUUAAAUAAUUUUAAAUACGAAAACGAAUUCAUAUGAAUAUUAUAAAAUCCACUUCCACCCCUAUUCAGUGCCAGCAAAAAUAGCCAUGAUUGGCCACAAAAAAAAUAUUCGGCUCCGUAUACAAGACGUCACCUGUCUAUUCAUGGGUAUCAACCCGUUUUGACUUGCGAGAAGGGACUCAGAACCUUCCUGUUGUUUUUUUGGUGUGCCGCCAACUCUGACCCUCAACUCUUAUCCUUCCAAGAAACUUCAACUGAAAUCUCUCAUAUGGACAUUCUUGUGACAUCAUCAGAACAAGUCAAUCCUAUCCUCUUCCGUAAUAUUAAUAGCCAUCGAACUCUGGAAUCCACAACAAACACAUUCAGCUAUUAGUGGAUUACCAGUUGCAUCUGUGAUCCAGUAAGAUAGGAGAAACCAUGGGAGAAGAGGGAGUGAAGCUUUAUGGGAAUAUCCUGAGUCCCUUCGUCCUUCGGGUGGAAUGGGCUCUCCAGCUGAAAGGCAUCAAAUAUGAGUAUGUGAAUGAGGACUUGCUCAACAAGAGCCCCCAGCUCCUUCAGUACAACCCAGUCCACAAGAUGGUCCCUGUGCUCGUCCACAACGGUAAGCCAACUGCUGAGUCCGUUGUGAUCGUUGAAUACAUAGAUGAGGCAUGGAGUGACCUCUACCCUCUCUUGCCAUCAAAUCCUUAUCAGAAGGCCAACACUCGUUUCUGGGCUAAAUUUGUUGAAGAAAAGUGCUUGCAUGGCAGUUUUGAUGUCUUCUCCAAGGUGGGGGAGGAGCAGCUGAGGGCAGUGAAGGAGAUGCAGGAGAGCCUUAAAACUCUGGAGGGACAUCUUGAGGGAAAGAAGUUUUUUGGAGGUGAAACAAUAGGGUUUGUAGACAUCAUUGCAGGUUGGAUGGCAACUUUGCUUGGAAUCAUUGAAGAGAUCAUUGGGAUCAAGAUCAUCAAUGAACAGGACCUGCCUCUGAUCAGUGCCUGGAUCAAACACUUCUUGGAUCACAACCUGGUGAAAGAAACCAUGCCCCCUCAAGAAAAAGUCAUGGCACAUAUGAGAGCCAUCCGAGAGAAUGUGUUAUCCACUAUGUCUGCUUAGACAGAUGAACUCUUCCAAUAUGCUGGGCAAUUUAUACAUAAAAAUUCUCCUCCAGAUUAA